AUGCUCAUUGUGGGUCUCACGGGCGGCAUCGCCAGCGGAAAGUCUACCGUGUCGAAGGAAAUUGCCGAAAGCGGAAUUCCCGUCAUUGAUGCUGACGUCAUUGCUAGACAGGUGGUAGAGCCAGGAAGAAAAGCGUAUGAUCAAGUUGUGGCGGCGUUUAGAGAAGAUGUGGCAGGAUUGGUCAAUCCAAACGACUCGUCUCUUAAUAGGCCUGCUUUGGGUAAAGCUGUUUUUGGAAAGCCUGAAAAGUUGAAAAUUUUGAACAAGAUUGUUCAUCAGGCAGUGAAAAAGGAAAUUGCAUGGCUGAUUUUCAAGGCGUAUGUGACUGGCAACAAGAUGGUGGUUUUGGACGUGCCUUUAUUGUUUGAGUCAGGAAUUCACUCCAUCUGUGGCGCUACAAUUACUGUUUACACAGAAAAGAACACUCAAUUGAAGCGUCUUUUAGAGAGAAAUCCAGAGCUCUCAGAGGACGAUGCCGCCAAGCGAAUCGAGAGCCAGCUUUCGAACGAUAUAAGAAACUAUAGAGCGGACAUUGUUCUUGACAACAAUGGGACUGUUGCACAGCUCAAGGAAAACGUGAAGUCUGUGGUUGCACAGCUUUCGCCAAACUGGUUUUGGCACUAUAUCGAUCUAUUCCCACCUGUUGGCUUCGCCUCUGCAAUCUUUACUGUCGCCUUCCGUGCAGCUAGAGACUAUUUUAAGGGUGCCACACCACCAAAAAAGAACAUUUAA